AUGGACAAUCAGGUAGUAGAGCAAGAAGAAGACACUACGGGGCAAGAAGGGGAAGAGUGUGGCAACAAGGAGAAGAGAUAUGCUGAUCCAUCUAUAGCCACACCCAUUAUUGAGGACCCUCCUAGGUCAUUUAUGCCUAAAGCGCCUUACCCUAAAAGGUUGCAAGCACUCAAGAGAGGAAGGAAGUUUGAGCACAUUUUGGAGGUGUUCAAGCAAGUCCAAAUCAAUAUCCCAUUUUUGGACGCCAUCCAACAAGUACCUUCAUAUGCCAAGUUCUUCAAAGACUUGAUUACAGUGAAGAGGAAAACGAAUGUUCCAAGGAAGGCAUUCCUGACCGAGCAGUUGGGGCUAGGAGAGUUGAAGCCCACAGCCAUGACAUUGCAAUUGGCUAACAGGUCAGUGAAGGUUCCACAAGGAAUAGUUGAGGAUGUCUUAAUUAAGGUAGAUAAGUUUUAUUUCCCCGUGGAUUUUAUUGUGCUUGACACAGAGCUGGUUCAUAAUGUGGGAAGUCAAAUACUGGUAUGCUUGAUAGAGGAGAUCAUUGAGGAGGUUAUUGAAAAGUCAAGCAUAGAGGACCCCCUGGAGGCAUGCUUUGCUCAGUUCGGAGAAGAUUUGGACCUGGACAAGUUGCUUGAGCAUACAGGUGUGAUUUUGGAGACUACUCCUCUGGUGAGCAGUGAGAAGGAGGAGACAAUAGUACCGGAUCCCCCUAAGAAGGAACUUAAACCUCUACCGGACACUCUCAACUAUAAGUUUCCAGGUCCAGCAGAUUCUUUGCCUGUGAUUAUAGCUUCGGAUUUGGUUGAUGCUCAAAAGGAGAAAUUGUUAGAGGUUUUAAGAAAACACAAGGAAGCUAUCAGCUAG